GUCUUUUUUUUCAUACUUAUUUUAUCAGGCCCCCAACAUGCUCGUCACCCCUAUUCAACAAUACCAAAUCUUCCCUUUUUAUUUUAUCGACUUUCUUAGCACUUUCUCUCAACUUUCCCUCAUAUAUAUAGAGAGACGUAAUUCAAUAUAAUUGUCAAACUCACAACACAAAUAAUUUCUCUUACAAUAUUCUUAUCAAUGGGAUCCUCUAAGCCUAUCAUAACUAUUUUCAUCUUAUUAUUUUCACUCUUUGUUCUUUUCCCUAAUCCUUCUUUAGCCAAUUCAAGAAUACUUGCUCUAGUUAAAGAAAAACCUCUUGUCCUAAAAUACCAUAAAGGGGCUCUAUUAAAAGGAAACGUUACGAUUAAUCUUAUAUGGUACGGAAAAUUCACUUCCGUACAACGUUCGAUUAUCGUCGAUUUCAUCCGAUCUCUUAGCCCUAAGACCAAGAAAAUUAAGUCACCACCUUCCGUUGCUUCGUGGUGGAGCACCACCGAAGCGUACAAAGGUGGUGCGUCGGUUAUUUCCCUAGGAAAACAAAUUUUCGAUGAAAAAUAUUCUCUAGGAAAAUAUUUGAAAGACCAUCAACUCGAAUCUUUGGCUUCUAAGGCUACUCGGGUCAACUCCAUUGCUGUCAUAUUGACGGCGACGGAUGUGGGGGUCGACGACUUUUGCAUGAACCGAUGUGGCAUGCACGGGUCGACCCGGUUGAAGAAAGCGGGUAAAUUUGCUUAUGCAUGGGUGGGUAACUCGGCGAGUCAGUGUCCGGGUCAAUGCGCGUGGCCGUUCCAAAAGCCGAUUGUGGGACCACAGAUUACGCCGUUAGUUGCACCUAACGGAGACGUGGGAGUUGACGGAAUGAUUAUUAACUUGGCGACUGUUUUAGCGGGUACCGUUACGAACCCGUUUGAUGGCGGGUAUUUUCAAGGCCCAGGUAACGCGCCUUUAGAAGCUGUGUCUGCUUGCACCGGGAUAUUCGGGUCGGGUGCAUUUCCUGGAUAUCCGGGUAUGGUUUUGCUGGAUAAAAAAACGGGUGGUAGCUAUAAUGCGCCGGGUAUGAAUGGGCGAAAGUAUUUGCUUCCUGCUAUGUGGGACCCAAAAACAUCAAAGUGCAAGACACUCGUGUGAAAUUACAUAUAUUUGCCAUAAAAGAAAAAGAAAAGUAAAGAUAUUGUAAUAUUUAUUUGUUUAUUCGAUUUGGAAAUCGUGUGUUUUACAAUACUAUACUAAUAUAAAAUUAUAAAAUUUUAUCAAAUACAUUUAAGAAAAAAAGAGAAUUACAAGAUAAA